UUUAAAAUCCCAAAAAAAAUCCCCAUACAAAAUGAUUUAAAUCAUAAAUCAAAAAUAAAUCACUUGGGUAAAAUGAUUUAAAUCCCCUCCAUGCUAAUUACAUUAAAAUUUAGUGUAGCAAAGUAAUUUAAAGUCAUAAAGUUUGCAAUGUAUUCAAAAAUGCAUUUUUGUUUUCUUGAAAUUUUUUAAUAACAAAACUAGUGUAUCGGGUAGAAACCCAAUGCGGAUAUAUUCGCACCGUACCAUCAAAAGUCUUGUGAAAAGACCAAGCUUAGCUCAGUAUUAAUUUGAAAGUAUAAAUCCUGACGAACCAGCUGAGCUGUGCUCAGCAUAUGUUUGGAGGUUUAAAGCUUAACGAGCAUUCUUUAAAGUUUUUUAAAAACAUUUUUCAUCCAAAGUUUAAUUUUAUAAAAAUCACAGUCAACUUUUGUUUUAAAAAAUUCGUGAGAAAAGAAAGUUUUUUGCUUUUUUCUGAAGCAACGACUGUUCCUACCUUGCCCAAAAACUAUACAGCUAUUCUAUAGAGCAGCACAGAUCAAAUGUAAAAAACUAGAAGUCUCUACAAUGUCUCGUUAUUGAGAUUUCUUGCUGUUAACUGACCUAAGCUUGGUCUUUCCACAAGACUUUUGAUGGUACGGUGCGAAUAUAUCCGCAUUGGGUUUCUACCCGAUACACUAGUUUUGUUAUUGAAAAAGUUCAGGAAAACAAAAAUGUAUUUUUGAAUACAUUGCAAACUUUAUGACUUUAAAUUACUUUGCUACACGAAAUUUUGAUGUAAUUAGCAUGGAGGGGAUUUAAAUCAUUUUACCCAAGUGAUUUAUUUUUGAUUUAUGAUUUAAAUCAUUUUGUAUGGGGAUUUUUUUGGGAUUUUAAAUCACUUGAAGUUGAAAAUUUGUAUGGAUUUUUUUUUUAUUAACACGUAUCAAAAAAAAAAGUGUUGGAAUAUGAUGUAUUUUAAUAAAAUUAUACGAUCUACAUUUGGGCAGCAUCUUAUCUGCACUUUAUACGAUAAAAAUCAUCUGCAUUUUAACUUUUUUAAUGCAACAGCAUUUCAUCUGCAUUUUAGGGAAAAUAAAUUUCAUCUGCACUUUAGCAGUACCAUCUGCAUAUUAGGGUAGCUGCAUUUUAGGGAUUUUUAGAUUGUGAUCUUUUUAUGAUCAGAUAUGAAUAUAUCUGUAUUGGGCCCUAUACUAUUUAGCAUUAACUAAUGGCUGUAGAUAUAAGUUGCAGCUAUAAUUUAUUGGGAUAAACUAACAUACAGCUGUAAAUACAGAUGGUGUUUAUGGUUUCGGCAAGUAAUUAGCUGCACUUACAUCUGGGACAAAAAUUGGUUUGUAGUGAGUAUAUAAUCAAAGGAGAAGAAAAUAAUACACUUUAUGAAAAAAUGUAAAGAAGUUCGUAACUAAUAAGUUACAAUGCAAAAUGCUGAUAAUUUGACUAUCAUAAAUUAAUCGUUCACAGGCAUACACUUGAUUGUUUUGUCGAUUUUUUAAAGGAGGGAAUGUGUAUUUUUUUUUUCUUAAAACAAUGUGGUCUAAAUUGUCUGUACAAAAAAUUAAUUAUAGUACAUAGUUUGUUCAGGAAUAAUAAAAAAAAUUUUGAUUCCGUUCAGAAAUAACAAAUAAACUAGUAAAUUGGGUAGAAACCUAAUGCUGACAUAUUCACACCGUACCUUUGAAAGAAAGUAUUGUGUAUAGACCAAGCUUCGCUCAGCAUAUGUUUGAAGGUACAAACUUUUCAUCUUUGGACAUGUUAAGCUAUCUUGCUCCAUUUCCUCACAAAAUUCGAAAAACUGAUUUUUUUCAAUCUGAGCAAAAACCAAUACAUUCACAUGUGAAAACGGUGUGAAUAUAAAAGAAAAUAAAAAUAAAAUCCACGACACAAAAAUUUCAAAAAAAGGAAAAAUUCUUAAUUUAACUAGAUUCAUGAUGUUUAACGUACAAACACAUAUGGAUUUUGAAGGUCAGGCUAAAGCCGAAAAAAUUUCUCGCUUAAUAAUCACACUUUUUGGCUUUGUUGGACUCAUUUUUGGCGCUGUUAUUCAGCAAUUCUCGCAAACUAUCUACAUAUUAGCUGCUGGAUUUGUACUCGCUUUAUUAAUUACUAUUCCUCCUUAUCCACUUUAUCGUAAAAAGCCUUUAAACUGGCAAAAAUCAAGAAGUCAAAGCAGCUCAGAAAGUACUGAAGCAAGCAGUUCCAAAAAGACCAAGCAAAAGUAAAUAAUAAAUAUGUAUUCCAUUGUGAACAAUCCUAAAUAUAAAUAUUAAUAAAACAAAAUAUUGAAAAAAAUACUGUUUUUUUAAAUUUUAA